AUGAACAAAAAUACAAGUCAAUUGGAAAGAAAGAUUCCCUCAGCAUUCGUGCUUUUUCUCCGUUGAAACGUUUGUGGCAGACAUUAAUUAACAAGAAGGAAUUUUCCGUUGAAGAGAUCACAUUAUUGUUCAGUCUUUGGUUAAUGGUUAAUGGUUAACGGAUGUACCCUUCUUCUGCGUUUUGUGUGAAUAGUGACUUGUGACUCAUGCUGUCAAGCAGCCUCACUUGAUUAUGCCACCUAAUCAACCUCGUUUUAUGUAUUAACACCAGAAACUACAAUCUCGGAGGCACCAUGUCUGACAAAGUCAACGAUGCUUUCAAGAAAUACCUUCAGCAGCUUCAGCUCCAUCCUCUCAGAACCAAGGCAAUUACUGCAGCAGUUCUGGCUGGUUUAAGUGAUGCAGUGGCACAGAAGAUAUCUGGGGCCAAGAAGCUUCAGUUGAGAAGGUUGUUUCUUUUCAUGCUCUAUGGUUUCGCCUACUCAGGACCCUUUGGACAUUUUCUCCACAAAUUGAUGGACAAACUCUUUAAGGGGAAGAAAGGCAACGAAACUGUUGCUAAGAAGGUGAUCCUUGAACAGAUAACCAGUUCCCCAUGGAACAACUUUUUCUUCAUGAUGUACUAUGGCUUGGUUAUAGAAGGAAGACCUUGGAGUAUAGUCAUGAACAAAGUUAAGAAGAACUACCCUUCUGUUCAGUUGACUGCAUGGAAGUUUUGGCCUAUCGUUGGUUGGGUGAAUUACCAGUAUAUGCCUUUGCAGUUCCGUGUUAUAUUUCACAGCUUUGUUGGUGCAUGCUGGGCAAUCUUUCUGAAUCUGAAAGCAAGGUCUGUUGCGAUUAAGAAGGCUGCCUAAGACAAACUUCUCUCUUUUGGGUAUUCUUAUGUUUCCUUCCUAUGUAAACUGGAAUGGAAAAUCUACCAUCUUAGUUAUUACUAGGGGAUCAUUCAUGAUAAUUUGUUUGCCAAAUUGGACCUUUUUUUUUUCCCAUUUCCAUUAGUUGAUAUGGCUUAGUUGAACUUGCCCUUGACAAUAUGGAUAAAUGAGUUUUUGGUUUACUUCUUUUAAGUUGAAAUGAAAUGAAAAAAUAUGAUC